GCAAAAAAAUAAGUGUAUUUAAAAGCUCCCUUAAAAAGGUCUGACCGUCAUACAUCCACCAACAAAGCAUCAUAAUUCUAUAUAUUAUUCUUCACUCACGUUUACCCUCAUAAGAAACCCUAAACGCUUUUCGAUUUCCCCCAAAUUAUUUUCUCGAGAAACAAACGACUUAACCCAUGGGUUCCAAAUCCAAGAACGAUAACCCCCUCGGUGGCGAUGGAGCUAGCCCCGGGAAGAUUUUUAUCGGAGGUUUGGCCAAAGAUACAACCUUUGCUCAAUUUAAUAAGCACUUUGGAAAGUAUGGGGAGAUAAUCGAUUCUGUAAUUAUGAAAGAUCGAUACACGGGUCAGCCUCGUGGCUUUGGAUUUAUUACAUAUGCUGAUCCAUCUGUUGUGGACAAGGUCAUUGAGGAUGACCAUGUCAUCAAUGGAAAACAGGUUGAAAUAAAGAGGACAAUUCCAAAAGGCUCUAGUCAGUCAAAGGAUUUUAAGACGAAAAAGAUAUUUGUUGGUGGUAUACCAUCCUCGACCACAGAAGAUGAAUUUAGGAGUUUCUUCUCCAAAUAUGGGAAUGUGAUCGAACACCAGAUUAUUCGUGAUCAUGCAACCAAUAGGUCUCGUGGCUUUGGCUUUAUAAUUUUUGACAGUGAAGAAGUUGUAGAUGAUAUGUUAUCAAAAGGAAAUAUGAUUGAUAUGGAAGGUACCCAGGUGGAGAUCAAGAAAGCUGAACCAAAGAAAGCCUCAAACCCACCACCUGCUCCCGCAUAUGGUAGCAACUCUAGGGGUCGUUCUUAUGAUGACGGCUUUGGUGGAUAUGGUGGUUCAUAUGGGGGUUUUGAUGAAGGGUUUGGUCCAGGUCCUUAUAGGAAUCCUGGGAGUCUUGGUGGUAGAUUCAGUGGUGGUUAUGGGUAUGGUAGUGGUGGUGGUGAAUUUGGUGGAAGUUAUGGGGGUUUUGGAGGCAGUAGCUUAGGAGGCUACCGAGGUGAAUCUUCCCUUGGUUAUUCUGGCCGCUUUGGACAUUAUGUUGGUGGUUUUGGCGGGGGUUAUGGUGGAAGUGGUGUUGGUGGCUAUGGUCGAGGAGGUGAUGGCUAUGGUGGUUAUGCAGGUACAGGCUAUGGUAGCGGUUAUGACUCUGGUCCUGGUGCUAGUUAUGGUGGAGCAGGUGGGCUCUACGGAAGGGGAGGCUAUGGUAGCAGUAGUCGAUACCAUCCAUAUACAAGAUAGAAUGCUGGCAUUGUGAUGCAGUUGCUUAAUCUUUGCCAUAGAAGUUCCAUAAAAGUUCCUUUAGAUCUGCAUUGUGCAUCAUUAGGCACUUUCUCACAAGUACUAGAAGUCUUCUAAUUGUCGCAUGUGGAGAAGGCUUUCAAGAUCAGAGAAGAUAUCAUGUUAGACUAUUGUUCUAUUGUGUGGUUUAGGAAAACUUCAUAUCAGUGUUUGAUUGCUCUGUUCUAGACUAUUUCAAUUUGGUUUGUUAUGUAGACUAUAGCAACAUUUUCUGGAGUUUGCUAGUUAGACAUUUUUUUUCUCGUAGUUCUGUUAUAGCUUCUUAUGUAGUUAAUGCUAAAUCUUAUUUAGUUCGGUCUAUCUUUUUUCUAGUGAUCAAUUAGAUUGCUGCAAAUGUCAACUAAUCCGGGAUCAAUGCAGUCUAGGCAAAUAAGCUAGGUUUUCAAUUCUAGAUGAUAGAAUAUUUAAGUUAUUUUAUAUUCAGUCACUUAAAAUAGGGGAAUGCUUGGAAAGUGUUAGGAACUGAUUAGGACUUGGAUGGAAUUUUUUUAUCAUGCCUGUUCCCAAUGUUCUUCUGAGGUACCUUCAGGGAGGAAGACUUUUUUGCUGGCUUUAACAUAUGUUUGUUCCUUCAUGGUGGUGGGUUGAUUACUUGUAAUUGCUCUUGUUGGAGUUGGCAAUGUAGUUUUACAAUUAUUCUUAAGUUGUUAGUUUUAGUUUUCUUGGGUGAAGUAGGGAAAAAGCAUGCUAUCCAUGGCAGCAAAAUAUGUACUGGAUGAUGCUGCGAGCUCGUUGGACUAUAUCUUCCCUUUUUUUUUUUUUUAAUGUCAUAUUUUGUACCCUGGACAUCCGAUAAAUAUUGAAAU